CCAAUGAGCGCGAUGCUCUCUGUCAGCAAGAUGGCGGCCGGGUGUGUGUGAGAAGUUACGGUUACCGGACACGCCAUAGCGCUUGCUCGGUUAACGGACACGCCGGCCUAAGAUGAAAGCGGGCACCGAGGAAAAACAAUGAGCCGCAGGAAACCGCCCACUGACAGGUCCCGGGCGAAACCUCGGGUGGACAAUGAGCGGGAGGAGGAGGCGGAGAGAGGGAGCUGCAGGGAGACCCCGAGCAAGGCCGGUGGGAAACUCAGCCGGAGCGGGAGGCCUCGAGGGGGCCAGCCAGCCACCCAAACCGGCUCUGUACCCAGACCGCAGAAAGAAGAGGUAGAAUUAUGCAUAAACAAGAAAACUCCAAAACGAUUAUCAAAAAGCAAAUCAUGGUCUACUUUCAAUUCUCCUUCAAAUGAUGCAGAACAGCAGCAUGAAAUAUUUUGGGAUUCUCAAUCUCCAACGUCCUUUAAAUUAGAAAAUGGAAGACGCAGGCAACCAGCCCCCAAAUGUGCUGUCGACAUUUCAGACAUUGUUAAUAGAAUUGCUCCUCAGAAUGAGAAACCAUCUAAUCCUAAUGCAGCAUACCUAAAGAUGUGGAUUGGAGAAGAUGCCAUUCCGUCUACUCCUGUAGUGGCCAGAGCUAGAAAUAAACUGACUAGGUCUAAAAUCAUACAUACCGAGGAUGAGCUCAUGCAGCUAGCUAAACAAUUUGACAGAAAUUUGGUUGAAACUGUUCAUCAAGACCAAAAUUAUCACAUUGGACAAUCCAAUAAUAAAAUUAGCGACUUAGAAAUUGCCCAGAACAGUGAGCUUGAGACAGGUCUGGACAACAUUCCUGAAGAAGACAUAGCACAUGAUUUAAAAUCUGUUAGCCAGAGCUUGGUUGUCUGUCUAUCCCCACGCAGGGACAGUCAAACAUCUGUGGAUCAAAUGGCUGAGGCAGACCUUAAUGCACUCUUUGAUUCUUCUACACAGAAGUACAGUGGACAAUUGAGCCAGGGUUUAUCUGACAUAUCUACUAGCAGCUUCACUGGCCUAAAUACAGAGGCCAGUAUAGUUAAAAAUCUCCCUAAGGAUCAAGGCAAACUUUGUGAAAAACCUACAUGUUCAAAAGAAACUAUAUUAAAUAAAUUAAAUUCAAACAUGUUUCAGACUCCUGUAAAGAAUGCCAACUAUCAGCAAAAAUAUUCCUCUAGACCCAAAGAAACUGUGGAACAUUUAAACCAAGAUGACUUUGAAGAUGACUGGGGGGCAGAUUUUCUUGAAGAUGACUCUUUUGUUAUGCAAAUUACUCAAAAUCCUAGUUUGAUUGCUACCCCUAAGCAAAACCCAUCAUCUGGGAAACCAUGCCAUUCUAAUAAAGAUUCUCUUAAUGCACAAAUCUCUGACGGUAUUAAAUGUGUGAACACUAAAUCAACUUCCAAUAAACUGAAUAAUUUUAAGUUUGUUCCUCGAAAUUUAAAUGAACACAGAAAGGAUUCAGAAAUCAUCUGUACAAACAUGCCUGAAAAAGCAAAUAUGUUGCACAAAACUGAUAAUAGUAACGAAAGGUGCACUACAAAUUCAACUUCCCGUACAGUUACAAGAAUACCCUUAAAAUCUCAAAUAAAUUCAGAGCUAUCCGUUGCUAACAUUAGCAAUAUUACUCCUACGGUUGAAUCCGGCCUCACCUUUAGAAAUAAGACUUAUAAGAAUAAUACAAAUUCAGCUGGUUUUAAUUUACAGCCAUCUAGUUCUCAACAAAAAAAUAGGCCUCCAGCAAACAAUGCUCCCCAAGCACUGGUACCAAAACCUCCAAAUACAACUACUAAAAGUUUUGAUCAAGUUGAUGAGUGGGAAGAUCCCAAAUUCUCAGAUGAAAUACUUGAUAUGUUUUGUGAAUCAGAUAGUCUUUGGGAGACAAAUGAAGAGGAUGAUGAUGAUGACUUACUGUAUCAAGUAUGUGAUGAUGUUGAAAGAUUAACUCAAGCUCAAGUAGAAAAUAAUGAUGAUAAACAUCAUAGUGUUUUAAGCUUGAACAGUAGCACAAACCCAAGAGAGAAUAAAACCGAUCAAGGGCAGUUAAAUAAUCGAAGCAGUGGUGGAAUCAAUAGUACUUCUUCCAGUGCAAACAGUGGCAGUGUUACAAAUAAAUGUAAUGCAAGUGCUGUGACUUCUAACAGAUCAUCAAAUAUUUUAACUACUUCCCUCUCUGGAUCCACGACAUUUGGAAGUUUGGAAAAGGCUAAAAACUCCUUAAAAAGGGAUAACCAAGUUUCUGCAAUGUUACGUAGAUCAACCUCUGUACCUACUGGAGGGCAAAGUGAUUACCUUAAAGUAAUCUCUAAGGAACAGGUUUUACAAACUACAGUAAGGUCACAGAGCGUGAUGAAUUCAUUGGCUCCUGCUAAGUUCACUUUUACACGUAUCAAGCCUUCACAGGCUUCUGUUGUAUGUUCAAACAAUUCAGAAACUCAAGUGAACACUGCUAAAGACACUAAUCUUUGUGGUUUAGGUAAAAAUACAACACAAAGUAGCAACUUUUCACAAUCCAGUAUUGCCUCGCAUCAUCAGCCCUCUUUGAAAAGACAUCUCUCAGAGUCUUUGUUCCAGUCCUCAAAAGUGUUUGUUUCCGAAGAUAGAAAUAAGAAAUGUUCAAUGGAAGAAAUUGAGCGGAAGAAGCAAGAAGCCUUGGCUCGAAGACAGAUGAAGGCACGUGGUGUUUCUUAUGAUGCUACACAAACGUAGUUGUGAAAUACUGCUCUUUAUUGUAGUUUCUCUGUGAGAAAUUAUGUAACAAAAUGAGAGCUUUUUUUUUUUUUUUAAAUAUAGUUUGUUAUAUAUGUAUGUGUUUACAAUUGUAAACAAUAGUUUUGUACUAUAUGUAUUAUAAGAAUAAUCCUGUAUGUUCAGGAGUAACAAUGACAAUUGUAAUGUAUCUUGUCAAAAACAUGCACCACAUCCAGUCAGUUUAUUUUCAUUGUACAUAAAAAUUGCACCCCUUUCAUGUUAAGACCUUUCACUGUCAUAAAUUGUUUGAGUCCUAUCAGCCUAUUCAUUUUUCUUAAUAAAUAGUUCUAAUUAA